AUGGCGACCAACAAGGAGGCUCCUCUGGGCUCCAUCGAGAACCCGAUCAAGUUCCAGGACCAGGACUUCAACGCUCUGCUGCAGGAGUGUCUCCAGGCAGGACUUCUGUUCUUUGAUCCGACCUUCGUGGCUGAGCAGAAGUCCAUCGGUCUGCCUGAAGAUCCGGAUCCCAAGAAGGCGAUCGAAUGGAAGAGACCCAAGGAAAUCAGUGAGAAGGCUGUGUUUGUGGAGGGAACCACUGGGACCACUGAUAUCUGUCAGGGCCAACUAGGUAACUGUUGGCUGCUUGCGCCUCUGUCCUGUCUGACCAUGCACCCUAAACUCUUUGUGAAGGUGGUGCCGCCCAACCAGAGUCUGGCUGAGCCAUAUGCAGGGAUCUUCCAUUUUAGGUUCUGGCAGUAUGGUGAGUGGGUGGAGGUGGUUGUGGAUGACAGGCUGCCAGUACGCGAAGGCCGUCUGCUCUUCAGCUACUCUCACACUCGCAAUGAGUUUUGGAGCGCCCUGGUGGAGAAGGCCUAUGCCAAGUUGGUUGGAUCCUACGGGAGCCUGAAGGGGGGAAACAUCUCAGAGGGGAUGGAGGAUUUCACCGGAGGCAUCGCGUACUCGCUGAGCGUCUCAUCUCGGACCCCUCGGGUCAUGUGGAGGUGUCUGACGGCUGCUCUGUCCAGAGGAAGCCUGCUCAGCUGUUUCAUCGAGGCCAGCAGCUACCGUGAUGUUGGUAAAGUGACAGGAGACGGGCUGAUAAAGGGCCACGCUUACGCCAUCACUGACACCGACAAGGUGAAGAAAGCAUCAGAGGAGAUUUUGCUGCUGAGGCUGAGGAACCCCUGGGGUUUUGUUGAAUAUAAGGGACCCUGGAGUGACAAGGGUAAAGAGUGGGGGGAGGUGGACCAAUCAGAGAAGGAGAGGAUCGAGCUGAAAAAAAAAGAAGAUGGAGAGUUCUGGAUCAGCGCUGAUGACUUCAGCAGUAUCUUUGACAUCGUGGAGCUCUGCAGUGUGAAUCCUGAAACUCACGAGGAGGGAAACACACUUGCUGCAUCUACCUGGAGCAUCAGCGAACACGAGGGAUCUUGGGUAUCAGGCAGCUCCGCUGGUGGAAGCCGCAGAUACAGAAAAUCGUUCUGGACAAAUCCCCAGUUCGAGUUGGUUCUCAAAGAGGUGGACCAGGACAAGGAAGAGGAUGAAGAUGAUGAUGAUGAUGAGGAUGACGAUGAGGAUGAGGAGUUGACCCCAGAGGAGAAGAAGCGAGCAGAGAAACAGAAGAAGAAAGCCAAGCAGUGCACCGUGCUGGUGGAGGUUCUGCAGAAAAACCGCAGGCAGAGGGAUAAGAUCCACUUCCUCUACAUUGGUUUCCACGUCUACAAGGUUCCUCCUGAGCUGGAGGGUGUUUGUCUGGACCGCAGCUUCUUUGUAAAAAAUCGCCCCGUGGGUAGAUCUGGGAAAUACAAGGCUCAGAGAGGUAUCUGGAGGAAGCUGCAUCUGGACCCUGGUAACUACAUCAUCGUGGCGUCCUCCUAUCGACCCAACCAACGCGGAGAGUUCUUUGUCCGCAUUUUCUCCAAGACUGGAAACACCCUGGGGAGUUCUGACUUCACUUGCUCUUCUGGUUUCCUUCCAGUCAUGGCUGCUCCCAUCACCCCAGAGGAUCACAUGAGAGUUCAGAAGACCUUUGAUGAGGAGGCUGGUCCAGAUGACCGGUUGGAUGUCAAACAGAUCAUGAAGCUGCUCAACUCAGUUCUCGUCAAAGAUUACCAUCUGCCACUGGAGACGUGCAGACAGCUCAUCUUUGCAGAGGAUACCAAAGGGCGCUCCACUGUCGGUCGUGAACAAGCUGAAUCCCUGCUGUUGGCCCUGCGCAACCUGCAGGUACAGCAGCUCAGAUUUGAUGAGGAUUCUUCUGGAACCAUGAGCACCUUUGAACUCAGCACAGCGCUGCAAGCUGUUGGAAUGCAGUGCGAUUACAAGGUAGUUCAGCUGCUGUCCGAGAGAUUUGCCUCCGGAGAGUCUCACAUGCCCUUCCACAGCUUUGUCUCCUGUGUCGCCCGGCUGCGCAAGCUUUUUGCUCUGUAUGAAUCAGAGACCAGUCAAGAGGUGAAAGACAGAGGGAUCAAUGCUUGGCUGCUUCAGUUUGUGACGGUGUGAAGACGCUUCAUGAAGAACGUCUCGGCACGAACUCAAAUGAUUCACAAAAUAUAGACAACAUGGUUUAACUGUAUUAGUUUAAAACUGCUCUUCCUUCCUGUGCUAUUGUUUUAGUCUAAUCUCAUACCACUGUUUUUCUUCUAUCAUCUGCUAUAAAAUGUGCUAUAUAUGCUAUAAAAUAUGCUAUAAAAUACUAUUAUAUCACUUCACAUUGUAACAGAAUCGAUUUCAUUUUUACAGAUAUGAGUGUAGCGGUGUCUUUAUUGCUUUUGUCUUUUCAAAGCAUUACUCUGUUAAUGGGAAACCUAAAUGUAACCCCCCUUUUUAAUUCAGUUAUGCUCUCAAGUUGCUCUUUGACGAUGCUGCAAUGAUUAAAAAACGAGUUUGAGGUGAGAAA